GCGGGGCAGGGGACCGAAGCCGAGACGAUACUCUCGGGUACUUGCAUUGGCCAAGUUUGGUUUGUUCGAAUGACAGCACUGCAAGUAGCGUAAGUUCCAUCCCUUCUAUGCGCCUUCACGGCUCGAGAUCACGCCACAUGCAGGAGUAUAAGCUAGGGAGUUGAAAUGCAUAUAGAGUUUCCUUACCCCAGGUUUACUAGUGGUGAUAUCUCGGCAAGUCGAAAUUCUGGGGUUCAUUGUCGGUGUUCGGAAUCGCUCGGAAGGGCGCACGAGCUCCCAACGACAGACGUCCUUCGGUUCUGCUUUCCGCCUUGCGCUCUUGGAAAUUCCGGGCCAUUGAUCACGACUUGGCCAACAUGGCAAGGCGCAGUAUAAAGAACACUCAAUGUUGAUGAGCUUCCAUCAGGGUUCUCAGUUACUCAUUCCCACCCACGGCACACCCAAUCAAAUCAUCGACAAUACUUAGCAUCCUUGCUUGAGUUGACUAUAAGGAAACCGCAAUUACAAACAUGUCUUUCCCUCUUCAUCCUUCUCUUGUCAACGGCAUCACCAAGGGAAACCCCUCUUUCCAGGGCGGUGUCCUGAAGUGCAAGUGUUCAACCUCUCCCGUCACAGUCACUCUCCGCAGCAACGUCGCCCACAACCAUGCUUGCGGCUGUUCCAAAUGCUGGAAGCCAGAGGGUGCUCUCUUCUCCAUCGUCUCCGUCGUGCCCGUUGACAAGCUCGAGGUGACGGCCAAUGGCGACAAGCUGGCCGUCGUCGAUCCUAGCGCCACUAUCCUGCGCCACGCCUGCACCGGCUGCGGUGUUCAUCUGUAUGGCCGUAUUGAGAAGGAUCACGCCUUCAAGGGCCUCGACUUUGUCCACACCGAGCUGUCCGACGAGAAGGGCUGGCAGGAGCCCCAGUUUGCCGGUUUUGUGACCUCUAUCAUCGAGCAGGGCUUCGACGCGAGACACAUUGACGAUGUAAGGGCUCAGUUCGAGUCUCUUGGCCUUGAGUCUUACGAUGCUCUGAACCCUCCCCUCAUGAAUGCCAUUGCUGCGUUCACGGCCGCCAAUGAAGCCAAGGCCUAG